AAGGGGCCGGGGUCUGUGUACGAUGGCGGUGGGGUAUAAAUUCGAUAAGGGAUCCACGAACCAACGAUGGUCUGUUGUACAAAUCCGUUAUGCCAAUCAGAGCUUACAAUAUUGGCUCGGUGCCCAAGCCGGAGGUGUGCGACAGAGCCCGUUACCGGGCUGCGUGGAAGGCCUCGUGUGUUUCUUCGGCUGCUGCCAGACUAUGUCUUUAGCAUUCCUGCCGGCCUGAGAGAGCCCCCGCGAUGGAGUUCCCCGAUCACAGCAAGAACUUACUACAAAGGCUUUGGGAACAGAAACAUGAAGGUUUUCUUUGUGACUGCACGGUCCUGGUGGGCAGCACGCAGUUCCUCGCCCACCGGGCGGUCCUCGCCUCCUGCAGUGCCUUUUUCCAGAUGUUUUACAAGGAGCGGCUGGAUAAGCGUGACUUGGUCUCCAUCAACAACGAGAUCGUCACGGCCCCGGCCUUCGGGCUCCUGCUGGAGUUCAUGUAUAAAGGCAGCCUCUCGUUCGGCGACAUGCCGGUGGAGGACAUCUUGGCAGCGGCCAGUUACUUGCACAUGAAUGACAUCGUCAAGGUGUGCAAGAAGAAGCUGCAGGCUCGGGCCUUGGCCGAAGCGGACAGCACGAAGAAGGAGGAGUGCCUGCUUCAUCUCCCCAAAGCCCAGCCCUUAUCCUUGCCCCCUCCACACGCCUGCGACCUGGAGAAAAGCAAAAAAGAAGGCUGGAAAGCCGGGGAGAAAAUGGCGCCCGAGGAACCGUUGGCCUCCACUUUGGACGUCGCGGACACCACGCAGCCAGGCAUGGAGGCCCCUUCUUCCGCUCGGCCUCUUCCACAACCUCCUAUCGCUGACGUCUCCCUGUCGAGCCCCAGCAGCUCCACCGAAACCCUGUUGUACGGCUGUUUUCCUGCCGGGACUGGGGCUGAAGGGCCACCCAGCCUGGAUCCCCCUCCGGAGAGGUAUGCUGAACAGCGGGGCCCAUUUGGGCCCAAGCAGCCAACCCAGUCCUCCGUCAAGGUCAAGGUGGAAGCCAUCGUGAUCUCGGACGAGGAGCCCGAUGGGGCUGAGCAGCUGGAAGCACCCACCCCAGAGCUGAGGCUAGAAAAUAUCUUCCAGAAAGCUGGUGGGGAGGUGGGCUUGGGGGGAGGCUGCGGACGCCACCCGGACAGUUUUGAGGAGCCCGGCGGGAUGGACGAGGUCUCUUCGGAGAGCGGCUUCCUGCCCCAAGACCACGUCCCGUACCACAUGAUCCACAUGCCCGGCGGACAAGCCUUCUCUGCCCUGGUGACUCCCCCCUUGCACGAACAGAUGUACUUGCAGGAUUACGAGUCCCACUCCAGCUUUGGCCUUUUCACCGAGGACGUGCCCACGUGCAAGACGUGUGGGAAAACCUUCUCCUGCUCCUACACGCUGCGGCGCCACGCGACCGUCCACACCCGGGAACGCCCGUACGAAUGUCGCUACUGCAUGAGGAGUUACACUCAGUCCGGAGACCUUUACCGGCAUAUCCGGAAGGCCCACAACGAAGACCUGGCGGUGAAACGCUGCAAACAUGAUGUGGAGAAUCCUUCCUAGGGCACGCUGUUGGUUCCCAAAACCAAGGGCAGAGUCCUCUGGUCUUCUCGUUCCCGCAAGAAGCCACACCGCAGGUUUCUAAUGUUCCCACUUCCUCCUUGCCUGACUUUGUAAACGUGGCCCCGUCUACGGUGCUGCAAAGAUUUGGUGUUCAAUUUCCCCUUGCGGGUGAAUUCUUCGCCGAUGCAGUCGUCUCCAGGCAUUCCUGCCCCAGGUUUGGAAAGAAGCCACCGGAAACCGUCACCGGACGAGGAUGGCUUAUCUCGUGUAUUUAUUUGUGGGUCAAACGGCCGAUACAACAAGCCUCGUAAAGCCGAAGUGGCGUUUCGGCUGUCUGGGAGAUCGGCCUUGCUGGGUUGCGGGCAGAUCUGUUCUCCG